AUGCCUCGCAACACCUCCUCCAAUACGGUCGUCUAUGUCUGGACCUGCCACAAUUGUGGCUAUGGUGCGAUGACGGUUGCGGUGAACGACGCCUGCUGCGAAUGCGGCCAUCUCCGGUGCGAGAUUUGCACCAGCGAAUACCACAAAGUCAGGUCCAACGCUUAG